AUGGACGAUAUCACAACUGCAUCCCAUCCACGUUAUGGCGGCUCCAUUGAAGGAUCCAACUCCAACUCCGAAUCUGGCUCUGGUAGCCAACUCCAGCCCACGAUGGACAACGCGAUGAUAUCCCAAGCUCCUAAUGACGAUCCCCCGCCAUUCGACUUGCACGACGACGAUCCUGUUAAGGGAAACAACUUUGCCUUUACCCCGACUCAACUACACAAACUCCUGACUGCCAAGAGCGUUUUUGCUCUUCGCGCAUUUGGGGGGUUGUUAGGUUUAGCCGCUGGUUUGCGCACCGAUAUCUCGGCCGGACUCAGCGUCGACGAAACAUCGCUGGAGGGCGCUGUGACUUUCGAAGAAGCUGUUGCGUCUGGUAGCCUUGAACGGCCGCCCAUGCUUUCUGUUGCUUCUGCUCCUCCGUCGCCGUCGCUUCUCCACAACGGUCUGUUUGAGCAUCACGACAACCACUUCGUCGACCGGAAACGAGUUUUUGGGGAAAACCGCCUUCCUCGAAUAGCACAAAAGUCUUUCUUCAGGCUGUUAUGGAUAGCGUUCAACGACAAGCUCAUUAUCUUGUUGACCAUUUCUGCUUCCAUUUCACUUGCCAUUGGUAUAUACCAGUCCGUCGACCAGUCGGAAGGCGCAUCGCGUGUUGAGUGGGUGGAUGGUGUGACCAUUGUUGUUGCGAUUCUCGUUAUCAUUAUAGCCAGUGCUGCUACCGAUUGGCAGAAAAACUACAAGUUUAAGAAGGUUAGUGAGCGCAAGCAGCAAAGAGACUUGACAGUGGUUCGCUCCGGCAAACUGCAGCGCAUCUCUGUCCAAGAUGUUGUAGUUGGCGAUAUUUUACAUCUCGAAGCUGGCGAUGUCGUAGCGGUAGACGGUGUUCUUGUGCAGGCGUCAAGCCUCCAGAUGAACGAGUCGUCCAUCUCUGGCGAGGCUGACCUUGUUCACAAAUCUGUACCAACACCGAAUCAUUUAGCUACUUCUCGAGUCGAUCCUUUCAUCCUGAGCGGAACUACUGUUGCGCGCGGUGUUGGAUAUUAUCUGGUCACUGCCGUUGGUGUUAACUCGACCUAUGGCCGUAUUCUAAUGUCUUUAAGAGACGAUGUCAAAGAAACACCGCUCCAGGUGAAACUUGGUCGUCUUGGAAAGCAACUUAUCGUCAUUGGUGCUAUCGCUGGUUCCAUCUUCUUCCUCGUCCUCUUUAUCCGCUACAUGGCCACUCUCAAUACUGUUACCGGAGGGCCUUCACAGAAGGCUGAAGAUUUUUUACACAUUCUGAUCCUAGCCGUUACGGUUGUUGUCAUUACUGUUCCAGAGGGACUGGCUCUUAAUGUGACCGUCGCCUUGGCGUUUGCUACAAAACGCAUGCUUCGAGACAACAACCUAGUACGACUUAUUCGAUCGUGCGAAAUUAUGGGCAACGCGACAACUGUUUGCUCCGACAAGACAGGCACUCUUACCCAGAACAAGAUGACAGUAGUGGUUGGUCGUAUUGGACUCGAGUCUUACUUUGACGAUACUGAUCCUGUUAUCCCGGACACGGAUUCGUCAAUGUCGCGUGCCUCGACUAUCAAGUGCGAUAGUUCAAUAGAUAUGGCAAAGUCACUCUCUCCAGAAGCUCGACGAUUAAUCAAGGACAGCAUCGCACUAAACUCCACGGCCUUUGAGACUGACGACUCGGGGUCUGCUCCUUUCAUGGGCUCAAGCACUGAGACUGCUUUGUUGCAAUUUGCUCGUCAACAUCUGGGCAUGGGUAAUUUGGCGGAGGAGCGAGCCAAUUCUCCUAUCGUUGCUAUUCUCCCCUUUGACUCGUCUCGAAAGUGGAUGGCUGUUCUAGUCAGAAUCCAUGAUAGUCGAUAUCGACUUCUGGUCAAGGGAGCUGCAGAAGUUGUGUUUGAAUACUCAGCAUUCGUGAUUUCUGAUCCGUCGUUCCGAACGCCCAUUGUGCGCCUCUCAGAGACUGAUCGUAUAAGCUAUCGCAACACAGUUGAACAAUACGCCAAUAGAAUGCUACGACCUGUUGCUAUGGCGUACAGAGAUUUCAGCGAGCAGGACAUCUUCGACGGCCCGGAUGACGACCCUGACAAUAUUAACCUAGAAUGGUUGGCCUCUGGCUUGAGCUUUAUCGGCACCUUUGGUAUCCGUGACCCAUUGCGUCCCGAAGUCGUGGACUCAGUCCGCCAAUGUCAAGAAGCCGGAGUCUUUGUGCGUAUGGUCACGGGUGACAACUUCUUGACAGCCAAAGCUAUCGCAGUAGAGUGUGGUAUCUACACGGCUGGUGGUAUUGCAAUGGAUGGACCAACCUUCAGAGACUUGACACCUGAGCAGCUGGAUGCUGUUAUCCCACGACUCCAAGUCCUGGCCCGAUCGAGUCCAGAGGAUAAACUGCUUCUCGUCACCCACCUGAAGCGGAUGAACGAGACGGUGGCGGUGACAGGUGAUGGUACAAAUGAUGGUCUAGCACUCAAAGCGGCGGAUGUCGGUUUCGCUAUGGGUAUACAAGGCACCGAGGUGGCAAAAGAAGCUGCAUCCAUUAUUCUUCUCGACGAUAAUUUUGCCUCGAUCGUCAAGGCUUUAGCUUGGGGCCGAACUGUUAACGAUUCGGUUAAGAAAUUUUGUCAGUUCCAAUUCACCAUCAACAUCACUGCAGGUAUUAUUACUGUCGUUUCGGAGCUUGUUGGCGACGCCAUUUUUACUGUAGUUCAGCUGCUUUGGAUCAAUUUGAUCAUGGAUAUCUUUGCUUCGCUUGGCUAUGCUACUGAUCAUCCGUCGCCCGACUUCCUGAAGCGAAAGCCUGAACCUCGCAAUGCCCCGAUCAUCUCUAUCACGAUGUGGAAAAUGAUCCUUUGCCAAGCCAUCUAUCAGUUGAUAGUUGUCUUUGUUGUUCAUUACGCCGGCUGGGACCUAUUCAAUCCCGACACUGAAUUUGAGAUAGAGAAGCUUCAAACGUUGGUACUGAAUAUCUACGUGUGGAUGCAGUUCUUCAAUCAACACAACUGUCGGCGGGUCGAUAAUAAGCUGGAUAUUUGGUACCAAGGGAUUCUUCGCAACCCUUGGUUCAUCGGCGUGCAACUCGUUACUGUUGCCGGCCAAUUCGUCAUUGUUCUCAAGGGAGGCGAAGCAUUCGAUACAUCUCCACUUACAGGUGCUCAGUGGGGAUGGAGUUUGCUCUUCGGUAUCAUGUCCAUCCCACUAGGUGCCUUGAUCCGACAAAUCCCGGACAGCUUGGUUGAGCGUCUCUUCAGCUUUGUUUAUAGUUGUUGGCAAGCUGUAUGGCACCCUCUUCGCGUAUCCACUCUCAGGCUCUUCAGCUGCUGCAAGCGUAAGAAGGCGGACGACAAGGAACUGCAGCAGCAAGAGCAGGAGAUGGGCCCUGUCGAGAACAUACUUCACAUGAUGUACCUGACUGCGGACCCUCAAGAAGACGAGACUCCGAUGACACAAGAACAAAGAGAAGCAAUGGAGCGAUCAGACCAGGGAAGACUGAGGAAGGAGGGGGAGAAAGAAAAGCGCGAAAUCGACUUGUACGGGUUGGUGGAGGCAGCCAAACUGGGCAGAGAGCACAAGGGUGCAAUUCUGGAGCUUCAUCCAAAGACACUCAAAGACGACCCAAUCCUAAGGAUCGGAGGUGGUAAAAACAACACGCUCCCGCCAAGCCAAGAUGCAGAGUUUAUGAGAUUCGUCGUGUUGAACACAAACCGACAGCCCCGAGCCACGAGAAGGGCAAACACCAGACACCAGACACGUCCAGUUCAACAGCGACAAGAGCAGAAGAGCUCAUGGAGGCACCAUAUCACCUGGGAGGGACUGUUGAGAUCUAAGAGACGAUAA